CAUAUAUAUCUAUAUACCCAUUUUCCACCUUUAUUUUUUCUCUCCAAGAACAAAACACAGCCAUCCAUAUCCUCUUCCACAAACAACCAAAAUCUCUCUCCUUCCUUCUUUCAGUUUUUGAUCCCAUCAUGACUUCUAUGCUAAGUUCACAUGGCCUGGUAUUAGCCACAGCCAUGGUUGUUUCCAGCUCUGUUCUCCUUCUUGCUUUUUCUAAACAGUUCUCCACCCCCCUUCAACUUCCAACCCAAUCCCUCCGUUCUUGUUUGACUUCUGGGGAGAGGAAGAAGAAGAAGAACAAGGAGAUGAAGAAGAAGAAGAAAAGAGUCCAGUUUGCAGAGACCGUGAAGGAUACAAAAGGAAACGGGAAAGAAUACAGGAAAAACCAUCAUAAGAAAACGGAGAAGACGACGAGGGAAGUAGAGAAAAUUUGCAGAAGUGAUGAAAUGCCUGCUAAUCGGAUUGCUCUCUAUAAUGGAAUUCUACGAGACAGACUUCACAGGAUUGAAUGUUCAUAUUGAUCUCUCUGGUUUCUUCUUCUUUUUUCCUUUUUUUUUUUUAUUUUGUAAAAUUAUCAUCUUGUGAAGUGUAAAUUACGCAACCCUGUUUAUCCAAUGAACAAUCGGGUGUAGAGAUUCUAAUUCUA